AGCCCUGACCCAGCUGGACUCGCCCCAGACCAGCGCGCCCAGCUGGGUUUCCCAAGCGCGCAACUCCCAUGCUCCUAGAUCGACCUGGACCCCUCUCCUGUCCAUCCCCCAGAACCUGGCCCCCUUACCGGGCCCCAGCCCUGGUUCCCCUGCAAGCAGUGCAAAGUCCGCGCUGAGCCGGGAGGUUCCCCGCCACCAGCCAGGGAUCCAGUGGUGGCACGCGUCCUGCCGCCACCUCCGCGCCGCCCCUGACUGCCGCGCGCUCCUGGGACUCGGCUGGGCACUCAUUGACUCGCCCCAGGCGUGCGCCGCGCGGAGAUGGCCCAGGGCAGCGGCGGGGGGCGGUCGCGGCGGAGCGCUGUGCGCGGGUGUCUUUACGGGGUGCGCGCACGGCGUGUGUGCGGGGACCUCCGGGAAACUGGGCUCCGCGAAGGCAAGGGCGCCGUGUCCCCGGGGAAAGAGUUUCCCGGUGGAAGCGUCCAAGCUGCUGUGGCCACUGGCCCCUUGAAUUGGCACAAGCUGUAUCCCAUUGCCCAGGGAGACCGACAGUCACCCAUCAACAUCAUAUCCAGCCAGGCUGUGUACUCACCCAGCCUGCAGCCACUGGAGCUUUCCUAUGAGGUCUGCACAUCCCUCAGCAUCACCAACAAUGGCCAUUCUGUCCAGGUAGACUUCAAUGACAGCGAUGAUCGAACAGUGGUGACUGGGGGCCCCCUGGAAGGGCCCUACCGCCUCAGGCAGUUCCACUUCCACUGGGGAAAGAAGCAUGAUGCGGGCUCAGAGCACACUGUGGACGGCAAGUCGUUCCCCAGCGAGCUACAUCUAGUUCACUGGAAUGCCAAGAAGUAUAGUACCUUUGGGGAGGCAGCCUCAGCACCCGAUGGCCUGGCUGUGGUCAGUGUCUUCCUGGAGACGGGGGAUGAGCACCCUAGCAUGAAUCGUCUGACGGAUGCCCUCUACAUGGUUCGGUUUAAGGGCACCAAGGCCCAGUUUAGCUGCUUCAACCCCAAGUGCCUCCUGCCUACCAGCCGGCACUACUGGACCUACCCAGGCUCCCUGACCACACCCCCCCUCAGUGAGAGUGUCAUCUGGAUUGUACUCCGAGAGCCCAUCAGCAUCUCUGAGAGGCAGAUGGAGAAGUUCCGAAGCCUACUUUUCACCUCAGAGGAUGAUGAGAGGAUCCACAUGGUGAACAACUUCCGGCCACCACAACCACUGAAGGGCCGCGUGGUCAAAGCCUCCUUCCGGGCCUGAGCUGCCCACCUGCCCAGCUGACCACAAGGGCACCAUCUUCCCAAGGGCUUCCAUGUCAGCAGACACCAAACCAUCUGAGGCUCCCUGCCUGGGGGUGCUGUGGACCCCCCUUUCAGCCGGCUUGCUCCUUGACCACUCUGGAGGGUUUUUGAUGGGACCCUGGAGUUGAGGGCACCCUGCAGCUGCCCUGGGGACUAGAAGAACAGGCGCUGAGCAGGGUCCAAACCUGGGGCUGCCUCUGCUCUCCAAGACCCAAAGGCCCCUGGGAACCUCCUCUUGUCUUCCCCACUGGCAGUGGCAGCAGCCCCACUCUGAGCUCACACUGUGAUGGACAAGACCGAGCUCCCUGGGGCAGGCAGCUGGCACUGCCAGAAAGACUCAAGCAAUAAUUAGAGGUGGGCAGAGCUGCCCUCUCGGCAUUACCUCGACUGCAGGCCUCCACCAGGAGCACACCUCACUGCCAGGCCAUUUAAUCAGCACCCAGCCUGCUGGAGGUGAUAUGGCCUUCUCCCUCCAGCCAUCUGCUGCCACAGGCAGGCCCUGGCUAUAGCUUAUACACUAUCUAUCUCCCUUUGUCCCCACCCAAUCAUCAAAGCCCCCUACAUGCUAACCCAUGGAUGUAUUAAUUAAUAAACUCAUUUAUCCAUGCAGGAACACAA